UUGGUAUGAUCAUGUGGGAACUUAUGACAGGUAAAUUACCAUUUGAGGAUCAAACUAUAGAUGUUGGACUUAUGAGUAAAAUAUGUUAUGAUGGUCUUCUCCCCCCAAUAACAGCUAAUGCACCUAAGGGUUAUAUUGAACUGAUGCAAGAAUGCUGGAAUUCUGAUCCAAUUAAAAGACCAGAAGCUGCUAAUAUAUUAAAUGAAAGGUUACGUGAUAUGUUAAGUGAAGAAGUUAGUAAUCCGACAGAAAUUAUAAAACCGACAGAUAUUGCACCUAUAGAUAAUCCAAAAAGUAAACAAUUAAGCAAUGAAAUAUUUACAUCAAAGCCACUUUAUCCAAAAAAAAGAAUGAUUGAAAAUAAUCUAAUUGAAGAUACUAAUUGUGGAUAUUGUUAUAAAACGAAAGCAAAUGAAUUUGACAUUAAAAUGUAAAUUUUGAAUUAGUAGACUUAUUAUUUAUUAACUGUAUAUUGCAAAUAAAUUAUAUUUGGAUUCAUUAUUAUUUCGUAAAUAUUAGUCUCC